AAUAAGUCCAGGGAGAAGAAGGCACAGUACGGAGAAAACAAGCGAGAAGGCGGAAUUUCCAAGAUAAAACACACUCCUGUUAUUCCGUCUUCAGUAGCCUCAACUGUGGCAACCCACACAUUACUUCGCUAAAAGCUUUCGCUUCUUGUCAGUAUCACUGCAUUCCAUCUGUCCUUGCCACAUCUAAUCGCUGCCAUUUCGAUUCCAUCUCAAUUCCAUGGAUGCCUCGCCUGCCAUCCGAUCCGUUCACUAUCCCAUAGCAAUUGUGCGGCAAUUGCAGUCAAAUCUUGAGAAGCCAGGUAUAGUUCCGAUGCAUAAUGCUGGAUGGAACUCUCAGAGUAUACUCUACAGCCAUCGCUUGGACAAUGAUAGGAGGCACAUCAGUUCUCAAAUCACACGGAAGCAAACACGUGUUUUGUGUGCAAAUACAGCUGAAGAUACCCAAACUGCCAAAUCAGAUGCUUCUUCGGACAGCAUUCCACAAAGCUCAUUGGCGAAAAAGCAUGUGAAAAAUACUUUUCCUAAUGGAUUCGAGGCUUUGGUAUUGGAGGUCUGUGACGAGACUGAAAUUGCUGAGCUGCAAUUAAAGGUUGGAGAGUUUGAAAUGCAUCUCAAGCGAAACAUUGGAGCAACAAAAGCUCCUUUGUCCAACAUUUCACCAACUACUCCACCACCUAUUCCAACUAAACCCAUGGUUGAAUCAGUACCUGAUACACCCCCACCACCCCCACCAAAAUCAUCUCCAGAAAAGACCAAUCCGUUUAUAAAUGUUCCCCAUGAGAAAUCAUCAAAGCUGGCAGCAUUGGAAGCUUCUGGUACUAAAGCGUACGUGCUUGUGUCAUCUCCUACGGUUGGCUCAUUCCAAAGAGGUAGAACGUUGAAAGGGAAGAGGCAACCUCCUAUGUGUCAAGAGGGUGAUGUAAUCAAAGCUGGACAAGUCAUUGGGUAUUUGGAUCAGUUUGGCACUGAACUUCCUGUUAAGUCAGAUGUGGCUGGAGAAGUUUUGAAGAUACUUUUUCAGGAUGGAGAGGCUGUUGGUUAUGGAGACCCUCUUGUUGCUAUCUUGCCUUCAUUCCAUGAUAUCCAGUGAGGGAGUAUGUGAGUAUUUUUUGGCGAUAGUAUCUACGAUGAUAAGAUACAGGCUGUCCGUGUACUGGGAGAUUGGUGCUUCCGUGAGGGUCACUAUGUAAACUAGAUGAUAUAAUAUUCCAAAUUUACCCUAUUGUUAUGUAACUGAGAAAAUGAUUUGUUUUGCAGCGCUGAAAUCUUAGUCAUUUUUACAUUUUGUAUCAUUGUAUGUGUUGUUACAUUGUAACUAACGCAUAUGAAACAGAAGAAUAAUGUUACUGCUUUGCGAA